CCGCGCAGCAGCCGGUGUAUUUCAACUGUGUAAACUGUCAGGACCUAACCGGAACAUUUUUUACUCCCAAUCGUUUUCCUAAUUUGCGUUUCAAAAUACGGUUGGAAAAAGUGCAAAAUGUCGUACAAGAACAUUUCGUACUCGGACAAGUACAACGAUGACAAGUACGAAUACAGGCAUGUUGUCCUGCCUCGUGAUAUUGCCAAGUUGGUCCCGAAGACUCACCUAAUGUCAGAGGAAGAAUGGAGGGGUCUUGGCGUGCAGCAGAGCAAGGGAUGGGUCCACUACAUGUUUCACCAGCCAGAACCCCACAUUCUAUUAUUCAGAAGACAACUGAAUUACGACCCAAACAACCCUGCGAUGAACAACAAUGUGAAAAUUGAAGGAAAGAACAUCAAGGCCUAAUGAAUUUUCAAAUCUUCCUGCGCUACAAACCUGUGUUAUACUAUCUUAAGGCUCUCUUUCACCAGAUCUGUAUGUAAAUAUUAAUUCUUGAGUAGCAAUUAGUUGCAUUUUAACGAGUAUUAAUUCGCACCACACUUUUAACUGCACAAUUACCUAUCUGAUACCGACAUAGGUGUUGGCUCUUAUUCUUUUCGCAAAUGAUUACUACUUGUAGGAUGCGUUAAAAGUAACAAUUUCUUUUGUAGAUUAUCAAUGUGAAGUUUAUAAUAUGUUAAAUGCUAAGAAAUGCUGUAAGUAAUAAAUGAUGCUAGUUUUUUUAAGGCA